AUGAAAAAAUCGAAUUAUUCCAAAGAAAAUUUGAUCAAAGCACUGGAAGAAUAUAAAAAUGGUGCUACAUCCUCUGAAGUUUCCUUGAAAUACGGUGUCCCUGCAAGUACAGUACGCAAUCACAACUCUAAUUCACAAAUGACAUUCGGAAGUGGUCGCCCAACAGUACUCAAAAUUGAUCAAGAACAGUACCUAGUGGAACUAUUAAAAAAUCUUGAAAUUAUCGGCUUACGUUUAAUGAAAACUGUCGUUAUGAAACUAGCUUCUGAAUAUGUCAAACUUAUCACAGGAAAAUCGAUUGAUCUUGGUCGAAAAUGGCUAAAAAAUUUUCUAAAUCGAUGGAAAGGUGAACUGAAGAUGAUUAAAGAAAAAAAAAUUGAAGCGUCACGUCGAAACGGAUUUACUGAAGAUAUACGAACCGGUUGGUUUGAAAAACUCGAGCUUAUACUUCGUUCAAAUAAUUUAAUAGCACGGCCACAUGCUAUUUAUAAUUGUGAUGAAAGUGGAUUCAGUGAUGAAACAGCUUGCGAAAUGGUUAUUGUCAGUCAUGAAACAAAACAAGCUUAUGAGCAAUCUGGUGGUAGUGGGAAAAAUUUCACGACAAGUCUUAUUUGUGGAAAUGCAGCAGGUGAAAUAUUACCCCCAUUUAUCAUUUAUUCAGCAAAAGCAUUGAAUCCUCAAUGGACUUUCGGUGGACCGAGUGGCUCUUCAUUUGCUGUAUCUGAUUCCGGAUGGAUCACAACAAGUUUGUUUAUUGAAUGGUUUAAAUCAUUUAUUGAACAUACAAAAAAUGUAUCGAAGCCACUGCUUCUAAUUAUGGAUAACCAUUCUUGUCAUAUAAGUAUUGAAGUCAUUGAACUUGCACAACAAAAUCAAAUCAUUUUAUUAUUACUACCGCCGAGUUGUACACACGCCCUUCAGCCUCUUGAUACAGUCACGUUCAGUUCUGCGAAGCAAUCAUGGAAACGUAUUGUGACAAGAUAUUUCCUGCGUACUGGCCGUAAAACGAUUCGGAAAAUCGAUCUACCUGUAUUAUUUAAAGAACUUUAUUCAUUAGCUUUGACGCCUAAACAAGUUGUCGCUGGUUUUUUACGUGCAGGUGUGUGGCCAUUCGAUUCAAGUGCAAUGAAGGAAAAAGUAGCAAGACAACCGUUGGCAGCAAAACAACUGAAUCAACUUCCACAAGCUACAAGGGACAGUCCCGUUGCAACAUCAUCUUUUCAAUCGUCAUCAUUUAUUUCAUAUGAUCAAAACACAUCAACAACAACUUUAGGUUUUACCAAUAAUAAUGGAAAUCAAUCCAGAUACGUUUUAAAUGAACUUAACUCGGCUUCAACACGAGCAACUACAGUAAACAAUUCAUCACUUACAACUAAUUUUAAUACAUUUCCUUCAUCUGAUCAAACAACGACCAGCAAUCAGUUAAAAACAACCAAUGAAAAUUCGACUAGACAAUCGUCGUCCAUGAAUUCAUAUGAUUUACUACAAUUUUUAUCGUUUGAUCCAAGUACAAGUUUCAAUUCGAUCUCUUUUAGUAAUCUGGAUUUACAAACGGAUGAAUUAAAUAAUAUUUCAAUACCCAUCGACACUAAUUCUUCAUUCAUGCAAAUAACUCAAUCAUUUGACAACUGCAAUACAGUAUCUAUGAAUGAUGUUGAUUCAAUUACCGAAGAUGAUGGGCAACAAAUUCUUGGAUUUGAUCCCAAUACUUUAUCAAAGACAUAUCGUCGAGACUCUAUCCAUUUCAAUGGCAACCGAAUACAACAAACGUCGAUUUUUGAUAUGGAUAAUGAUGAUGAUAAAGAAAAUCGUACAUAUACUGAUUUAAUGCCAGUUGAUGUUUCAAGUUUCGUUGCUCCUAUUCAUUCUGUACAAUCCGCUCAGAUGGAUGCUAAUCGAGAAAUAGCUGAUCCAGCGAAAUCAAUUCACUUAAGUCCAUCAACUGCUGUACGUACAAUAGUUAAUGAUUUGCUUCAAAAUUAUGUUUCUCCUCCUACUUUAUCAUCGAAAACAAAUAAGCGUACACGAAAUGAAGGAAAAUAUGGCGAAGAAAUCACGUCAAGCAGUAGAUUGAAAGAAUUAAAAGAAAAAUCUUCUUCAGCAAGUACAAAAAAACAACCAACAGCAACAAACAAGAGACGCAAAUUGUCAAAAGAAAAAAAUGAAUCCAUUAGUUUAUCUCAAGCAACACGUGCUCUAACUAAUCUUCAAACAUCAUCUACAAGCAAUACAACUAUUGAUUAA